CGCUCGGCUGGGGCUGCGCGGCGCUUUCACUUGUCACUUGUCCACGUAACCAGCCAAACCUCGCUCCUCUGACAAACUUACCUGGAGAUACAGAGACCCGGAGAGGAGGAAAACACACAGAAUACCAGCAGCUUAGCUUAAAAACUGUCAGGGCGCCGCUUUUUGGGCUGUAGCUUACCUGUCGAGAUUCAUAUUUCCGGAUAAACGAAACAGCAGCAGCAAUGUUGUUGCUUUCCGCUUUUGGUCGAUAAUGAAGAGGCUCGAGUUUACACUGCUUUGUCUCAGCGUAAUAUUGCUGUGUUACUGGCACCCUGUUCAACAUGGCCUUUGCUCGGAGCAGAAUAAACCUGACCCACAGAGUCAGCCACCGACCACACAGGACAUCACAGAGCAGCAGGAUGAAUCCAAAGAGAAGAAGACAAAUGACCAGGUCUCUGUGGAUCCACCAGACCUUCAGACUACAGAACACAGCACAGAGACAGACGUAGGUCCAGUAGAUGAACUACAGAAGCAGGAAACUGGGCUAAAGGAGGAAAAUGAAAAGGAUUUGCAGGUGGAUGGGACCACAGCAGAGUCUGUUUUGACUCCAGAGUCUUCAGAAUCUUCCGUUCCUCAAGAGCAGACCACCGACCUCUCCCCUGUCCCUGCUGAGUCUGUAACUGCUCCUCAGUCUGCCCCCGUCUUUGAGGGACUGUCCUCCACUACCACUGCCUUACCUGGACCAGCUCCCUGCAGUGGUGGCGAUGACUCCUGCAACUCUGCUUCCAUCACUGCUGUCUCUACCACGGCUGCCUGUGAGGCAGGAGUCAGUCCUCCGUAUGAUGGGGACGUUACCAGGAGUACCAAGGUUAGUUUAGACCAAGCAAAGGAGCAAGGAAUUAACGCUUCCAGGGUGCUGAAAGAUCUGCAGAACGUUCCACCCAGAGAAACAGAUCCAUCAGUUACCGGCAAAGACCAAGAAGACAUUCCUACUUUUGAUGAGUGGAAGAAGAUAAUGUUGGAGGUGGAGAAUGAAAAAAGUCAAACCACGCACACGUCCUGUAAUGGGGGUUCCGGCACUGUUAAGAAAGUGCAGAAAACUACAAACUAUGCCUCAGUGGAAUGUGGAGCUAAGAUUCUGUCCUCUAAUCCUGAGGCAAAGAGCACUUCGGCCAUCCUGAUGGAGAACAUGGACAUGUACAUGCUGAAUCCCUGCAGCAACAAGAUAUGGUUUAUCAUUGAGUUGUGUCAGCCCAUUCAGGUGAAGCAGCUGGACAUUGCCAAUUUUGAGCUCUUUUCCUCGACCCCCAAAGACUUCCUGGUCUCAAUCAGUGACAGAUAUCCAACCAACAAGUGGGCCAAGCUUGGGACGUUUCAUGCUCGUGAUGAACGAACAGUUCAGAGUUUUCCACUGGACGAGCAUUUAUACGCUAAAUAUGUGAAGAUGUUCACCAAGUACAUAAAGGUGGAGCUGCUGUCACACCAUGGGUCCGAGCACUUCUGUCCUCUCAGCCUGAUUAGGGUUUUUGGGACGAGUAUGAUGGAGGAGUAUGAACUAAAUUCAGAGCCCUCUGAAAGACUCAACUUUGAAGAUGAGGACUAUGAUUACCCUCCUGGAUAUCUGCCAUCAGAUGACAAAUCUUCAAAGAAUCUGAUUGGGUCUGCCAAGGAUGUUAUUCUUAAUAUGGUGAACAACAUUGCUGCCAACGUGUUGGGUGGAAAUCCAGAAGAUGCAGCUAGGAGUGGAGGCAACUAUUCCUCCCUGAAUCUGAAUUUAACAGAAACAUUAGGAACUCCUCAGACAGUUCCCCCAACCACCUCCUAUGUUAUGUCGGAGACUUUAGAGCAGGACCAGCGUGACUUGAGUGAGAUCACAGAGACAGUUUCCAUCACACAAGACACAAGAGAUGCAGACCAGACAGUACCUGAACCCACAGCCUCACUCUCAGAGGCUCCCUCAGCAACGCUGCCUGUUCCCGAGUCCCUCACCCCAACUCCCCCUGAUGAAGAACAGAUCGUCACUCUGUUGCCCAAGGAGGAGGAGGACUCAGAUGAACUUGGCCAAUCAGAACAGUCAUCCAGCUCCAUACCACAGGAAGAGGAGCAGAGAGUGAAGUCCGAACAGGAUCAGCAGUACUCAGGAGUUCAAGAGAGUAACAGCUGCUGUGCGCUGGCUCCUGAUUCCUACUCUUGCGUUGUUUCUCUUAAAGAGCACCUCCUGCAGAGGUGCUUUCCACCACCAACUCUCCAGAAGAAGAAAAUAAAGACAAAAAGUAAGAUUUCAAAAGAUUUGCAAUCUCAAGUUAGCGCACAUUCACAGGAAACUCAUGCUAAAGUUCCAGUCCUGAUCACAUCGUCUGUGACACAGGCGCUCCCCACUUUGACAGUGGAGACGCCUUCCACCCCAGAAGAUUCCACCACAGAAGUGUUCGUAUCUUCUUUCCACGAAAGUGAAAAGAAACCUCAGGUUGGAUCUCUUGAUCUUGAGCCAAGUCUGACCUCAGCUCUCCCGAAACCUACUUCCAUGAAUGCCCUUGCCUCUGAAGCCACUCAUGCUAUUGACUUUCUGGACUCUUUGGUCACAGAGCCACCUGAAGUCACCCUCCCUCACCAGGAGAAGACCAAAGAGAAACCAGCAGAAGUCAGGAAGACUCCUCUCAUUACCGAGCACUUAGAAUCAGUGUCUACUCCAGUUUUAAAGACCAAAAGUGAUGAGGUAGAUCGUGACCAGAAGCUACCAUCUACGGCAGAAAAGUCCACCACUGAAACGGAUAGCCUGACCACUAGUGUGAUGUCCAGCGUUGUGGAUCAGACACCGCUUACUCGUCUGUCCACUCCCACAGAUCAGUCCAUUCCUCAGCCAACCAAGACCAGGCCUGCAGCCCCUGCUGGGACACUGACAGCUGCCCCAGUAACAGAAGCUGUAGAGAGCACAGCGGCUACAGCAGAACCCAAAACUGAAGAGCUUCUUGAGGAAGCUGCUCUAGGAGGCCACGGCAGUAAUGGACAGUCAGGGCAGCCAUCUUCCUCAGACUUCUAUGCUGAAAUGCCCAGUUCCACAGAUGCGCCGAUCCAUGGCUCUAACCAGAAGGAGUCAGUCUUCAUGAGGCUCAACAACCGGAUCAAGGCCCUUGAGGUGAACAUGUCCCUCAGCGGGCGCUACCUGGAGCAGCUCAGCCAGAGGUAUCGAAAGCAGAUGGAGGAGAUGCAGAAAGCCUUCAACAAGACCAUCAUCAAACUCCAGAACACUUCAAGGAUUGCUGAAGAACAGGACCAGAAGCAGACUGAGUCUAUUCAAGUACUGCAGGGGCAGCUGGAGAACAUGACUCAGCUCAUUCUUAACCUGUCUGUGCGAGUGAGCCAGCUACAGAGAGAGGUGUCUGACAGGCACAGCUACCUGCUGUUGUCUCUGGUCCUCUGCUUUUUCUUGGGACUGGCCAUCUGCAUCAAUUUCUGUCGCAUGUCGGCUGAGACUUCGUCCACAGAGCCUGACUCUCCUGUACCCAAAACAUACAGCUACUGCUGCCCUGACAGAGCUUCAUUUGAUUAUGAAGAUGUGAACCUAAAGCGAAGAGCAUCGUAUCCCUUCUCACAGUCAUCACUGCAAAUUUCAGCUGCUGAAGGUCCAAAUGAAGCAUACAAUGUGGAAACUCACAGGAAUACAACAGGGAAUAAAAAGAAAAAGCGAUGUAAAAUGAAGUCUGCUGUAAAACCAGAGACAAUAACUCCAGCUGUACUCUCCUCAAUCCCUAAUGGGAGACUGCAGUGUAACAGCCUCCCUUCUCAGGGCUUGGACUUAAAACGGUCAUCCUGUGGCCCUGACCCCUCUCCCUUCACCUUCAGGGACCCUCCGUCUGAGGGCAGCUCUGAGGCCUCUUCCCAGUCAGACGAUCCAUCGUUCUGUGGCAUCUCUACCUGCGGCCGCCUCUGUGAGGGUCUCCCUCCUCCAAAGAGCCGCUCAGAGAAGAGAGCGCUCAAGCGGCGGCGUUCCAAGCCUUCCUGCACUGUGGUCCAGCAGCUCCUCCAGCCUGCACAGAGCAGCGGCCCACUGGUACGGCCUGGGCCCACCGUGCAGGGUUUCAUUAAGACAACCACAGAACUCAGUGCAGGCAGGGUAGAAGUCACCACCAUCUCUGGACUCACUUGAACAGUUUUGACUGAAACACACUAACGCUGCUGAUAUCUGCAGGUACUGCUGAUUGGUGGCUACUAGCUUUCUGUCAUUAGCAACGUUAGCACUCUGUUCAGCUUAUUACUUUAACUCCCAUUAUAAUACCAUAUGAAUCCUGUGGAUGUAUGAAAACUGCCCGCGAUUGUGGGAACCCUGAACAGGGUUGUGGACUCUGAGACAAUCGUCCACUCUUGUGCCAAGCACAGAGGGAUCAGUCAAAGCUGAAAGCAUGACUCAAACAUGAUCAAAUAUAUCGCUGCACUGCUACUCGGAGAAAAAUUAUUUGCACAGUUUUUAAUCUGGUUAAGACCAGAGUAACAGUUUGGCUUCACUCAGUGAUUUUUAGACUUUUGUCUUUGAAUGUCAGUGAAUGACCUUUUGAAGCAGUCAGGAACAAAAGCAGGUUGUUAAUGGACUGCAGAUUAUUUUUU